CACUCUCCACUUGUGUUGUGUCAAAACCGAAAACCUCUCUAUCUUUUUCUUUCUUUCAUCAUCGAAAUCACCGCCAUGUGUUCCAUGAUAAGCGCGCAAGGGGUGGCGGUUGCAACCGCCAUGGCCGUCUCUGGCACGGUGAUCCUCCUCGCCCUCCGUCUGCAGAAGUCUUUCCCACCACCCCAAUUCUCCGUUCACCACCAAAUCCCUCCUUCUCCUUCUCCGGUUCUGCGAUCUUGCAUAUCCAACGCUGGGAAGAAGAGCAAGAAGAAGAAGAAGAAGAAAAGAGUGCACUUUGCGGAGGACGUGGUGGAGUCGUGCAGAGACGGAGAAGAGUUCAGGAAGCGAAGUUCGCGAUCGAAGGUUCAGAAGAGUUAUAACAACAACAACAACGGAGAAGAAGACGAAGAAGAAGAAGAAGAAGAAGCGAAGAUCGGAGGAGUAAUGCCUGCUAACAGGGUAGCUUUGUAUAACGGAAUUCUUAGGGGCCGUGUGGCCCAACGUUUGGCCUACUCUUGUUGAUUUUGGUUUUUCUGUGAAUAUUCUCCGAUUAUGCUUCUUUUCUUUUCUUUUUACAACAACAACUAGUAGUAAUAUAGUAUAUUAGAAUUUAGAAGCAGAGGGUGGGUCCACCACAAAGGCUGAUAGUAGUUGUUGCAGUGCAGUAGUUGCUCUCUUCGAUGAGAGAGCUUAUUGGACAUAGGGUGUACGUAGUGUAGUGUCUUGUGAAUGGUGAAGAGGAUUUUGUUCAUAUUUAAGGAUAGGAUAAUCUUCUUCUGAGUUCUCCAUAUUUGUACUUCAACCCAUCCAUUUCUCUGCAAAUUGUUCUUCUAUUGUCAUUUCUGACAUGUAAAUACAAGUAGUAGUUAUUGAAGGAAAAAGUCAUAUUAGUUUUUUUAUUUUUAA